GCUCCCAGGCCUCCCUCUGUGUCAGUGACUCCCUCUGAUGACAUCAUGGAGGGCAGCCUGGUGACUCUGACCUGCAGCAGUGAUGCUAACCCAGAAGCUAACUAUACCUGGUACAAGGAGGGAGAGGAGGCACCAAAAGCUUCAGGACGAAACUUCACCAUCACUAACAUCAUGUUCAAGCAGAGAGGAAAUUAUAGCUGUGAAGCUCAGAACAGCAGAGGGCGCUAUAACUCCACUGUGACUGUGAACGUUGUGGCAAGUCAAUCAAUGUCAACAACGAUCAUCAUCAGGCUGACUCUGUUCAUCGUGAUCUUUCUGCUUGUCCUGAUUAUUUCUUUAAGAACACUGAAAACUAUGAAAAUGAACAGAAAAGUAAUUGAACCAAUAGAAAUGGAGGAGAGAAGGACUAGAGAGAUCACAUAGUGAGUAUUCAUUGAUCUGAACUUCACCAAUCAGCCCAGGAUUACAUGAUGACAUGUUUCUGUUUUUGGUCCAUUGUUGUUAAUCAAUUACUGUAAAUGCAUAAUUA